AUGAUUGACCCAAUCGAUAAAAUUAUUGAAGAAACAUUUGUUUAUAAAAUUGAUAUGCUUCAUAAUCUUUCUUUAUCAUCGAAUGCUUCAAUGAUUCGUUACGCUUUAGCAUAUAAAGACUUUAAUCCUAAUGAAAAAUAUCCUGAGGAAGAGAUAGAAUCAAGUUUUGAAUUAACGAAAAAGUAUUGGAAAUAUAAAAUUGAAUCAUAUAAGAAACAUGAUGAAAAAGCAGAAAGAGAUACUAAAAAUAAUGUUUCAAUGGAUGAUCUUCAAUACUAUCACGAUUUAAUCCUUUCAUCUAAAUGCAAAAUGUGUGGUAAAGCGUUUACAUAUGCAAAUAAACCAACAUUAGAUAGAAUCGAUAAUGAAAAACCACAUACCAAAGAAAAUUGUCAGUUAAUGUGUUGUUAUUGCAAUGUCGUAAAAUCAAAUAAAGAUGAAGAUGUUCAACGUUUAAGAAUCAAUUUAAGAAAUUAUGCAUUAAAAAAUAAUUUACCAAUGACUUUAGAUUCAGUUGAAGCUUAUCACAUUCUCCGUAAUGAAAUUACUGGUGGUCUAUCAAAUGUUCAACAUAGAGUAAAUCUUAAAGGAAUCACGCACAUUAAUAAACUUUCAUAUAGUCCAGAAACUAAAACUGUAUCAAAUGAGGACACCACCAACAUUAUGACUCAUUUCGUUGGUGUUGAUUUUAAUUCAUUAUAUCCUUCAUCAUUUUCAUCUAAUCCUCAUGAUUUCAUUCAAUAUACUGACCAUAAAAUGCAUAUGUCGGGAAGAUUGAAUGGUGUUAUCAUUUGUGAUACAACAACAAAGAAAGCAAAAGCACUGGGAAUUAUUAGAAAGAAAAAUACUUUAUUCGUGGCUGAAGUAAAGGGUCACAUUGAUGAAAAAUACAUUAAUGAUUACAUAAACUUUUUACCAAUAAUAAGAAACUUAGAUAUUAUCACAGAUGAAAAAACAAUUGGCAGUUUUAUGUAUAAUUACAUGAAAUCAAACAAUCUACCAGUUGACCAGAAACAGAGGAAAUUAACUCAGUUAGCAUCAACACACAACCAAUAUCAACCAUUUUCUUCUUAUUAUCUUUGGUAUCUAAUAGACAGAUUUCAUUUUAUCAUCGAUGAUAUUCAAUCAAUUUUAACAUUUACUAAAAACACUU